UGCCAUGCGCUCUAAUUUUCCCGAAGGCACGGCCGGCUGUGGACGUGGUGGCCCGGGAUCUCGCCACGUCGGAGGGCGAUCAGCGCGACAAGAUCGUCGAUAAUUUGUGGCUAAUACUUCUUUCGCGAAAGGGAAAGCGGUGGAUCAGAAGAAGAGACGCGAGACAUUAAACGGGCUCUUUGAAGGCAAGUCGCUGCUGCACGUCAACCGACAGCUAACGUCGUCGUCGUUAUCGUCGUCAUCGUUGUAGGUCGAGCCUCGCGCACGGCGUCCAAUCUUCGCCAUUUCCAUGCGAAGGUCGCCUUGUCAUGGCUAUCGCCCUUCCGGGCAAGUUCAUCGCGUUGCUGGGUCUCAUCGUGUUACUCUACGCCACCUGCUACGGCUUCCGAAUACGCGAUGUCGCGCCGCAAACGCCGCACUCGGUCGUCUGUGUCCCCACGCACGACAGAGUCUGUCCGGACAAAACGACAACAAUCGGGAAACCAGUGCACUUGGCUCGGAAAUGGCACGAGGACACAACGUCGCGAACUACUGCUGGUGACCGGAAACCACCUGUCGAGUCGACGUCAGGUGUUGGAACGGAGAAGAUUCGGACCACGGAACGUCCGAGAGACAAGGAUGCGAUCAGACUUACACAGAAAAACUUCAAGACAGAAAGUGUCUGGGUUGAUGACGAUGGAGAUGCGGUAGUGGAAGUGGAAGAGGAAACGGAGGAGGAUGAAGGAUCGGUGGAGGAUUUCGAGAGAGAUCGGACGGAUAGGAUAGAUGAGGACGAUGAAGAGGAAGAAAAAGCAUUCGAGACUGAGCUACCAAAUCGAGAUACUGAAAGUAAGGAAGAGAAAUUGAAAAAAACUAUUGUUCGCGAAGACGAUGAUAAUGAAAGUGAAGACGAUGAUGAUGACGAUAUCGACGUAGAUGAUGAUGAUGAUGAUAACAAAAAGAUUCUUAAGAAAAAUUUAAAAAUACGAGUAGAAGAAACUAAAACAGUUAAAACUAAGUCGAUAAAAUAUAGCAAAAGCAAAGUUGAUAAUGAUGAGGAGGAAGAUGAUGAUGAAGAAGAAGAGAGAGCAAUAACCAAGGCAGAUCGGCGAAAAGUCAUAGAACCACUUAAGAAACAAGUUGAUGUAUCAAAUAAAAAACAGAACAAAAUUCAGAUUCUGCAAAGUGACGAGAAUAAAGAUGACGAAGAUGAAGAUAGAAGUAAAAAAGAUGAUAUAAGAGAAACCGUUCCAUCACCUAGAAAGUUGGAAAAAGUAAGGCUCGCCGAUAAAGACAAAACUAACAUUUUACUUAGUAAACGCGAUACGAAAAAGUCAAAACAUGAAGAUAAAACACCAAUUAAUGUCACAAAGUCGGCAGUUGAGAGCGUAAAAAAGACAACCGAAAGCACGAAGAAACUUGAAUCAAUCGAAAGCACGAAGAAACCUGUCGAGAGCGCGAAGAAAUCAAUCGAGGUUAUGCAGAAAUCAGUUGAAGGUGCCGGAAAAUUACCUGAAAGUAAAAAAAAAGUUGAAUCGGUUAAGGCUACUCCUGAGCCUAAGGCCGAAAUGUCUAAAACUGCAACAAAAGUAGCAGACGAAAGAUCGAAAACGCGCGAAAAACCAGAAACUUCAACACCUGCACCAAGGAUCAAGGAGCAGGCGAAACAACCGGAAAAGGCGGAUGUCAAAAAAGUAACAGCAAAAGCAACUUCGAAGCCAUCGAGAGAAGUUUCGCAAGUGGAGAAGCAAGAAACAAAGCCAACAACGAGGAAACGUGCAGACGCAUCUGUCACAUUGUCCGAACUAAAUGAUGCAAUUCUGCGUGUGCCGAACUUCGUGCCAAAUUUUACGAACGUUGAAAAUCCCGAGUGUCAGCAACACGGCAAGAUAUUCCUGCGACAAUUGAGAGGUUACAAGUUGUGGGCGCUGCAAAUGUUGGAUUCGAGCGCAAAAAUUCCGUCGGGCUUGUUACGAGGAAACGUGAAUCAGUUUGGGGAUUACGAUCAAUGCUUGGGUGUGUUGGCAUAUGUUAAAGUAGAUGAGAGAACGAUAAGAAUUCAAGGGAAAUAUUGCUUGGCUACUGUGGACUUGCACGCUUCCCAUCCAGACAUGAGGUUGCCGGUCAAUCUAAUGCAGGGGCGCGCUUUUAUACGAGCAAGCAUGCGCGACCCAGGUUAUUUCAUUCCGAAAUUUACUACAAUCAAUUGGGCACUGUGUCUACCUGCGGCGUGUUCCGCUAAGGACGCCGAACGUGCGUUAGAAAGUGCCUUAGAGGAUUACAAUGGAACUGUUGGAAUUAGAUUUACGGUAGACGUCGAUCCUGAUAUGUGUUAUGUGAAACAAAAGUCUCAAACUUAUUCGAAAGAGACGAUCGGCGUCCUGUAUUUUUACGCAAUGAUCGUUUGUAUCGUUAUUGUGGCAACUGUGAGAGAUUAUUUCGUGGAAACGCAAGGAAAAGGAAAUUAUUCUGAGAGAAUAAUAAUGUCAUUUUCCUUACGGAGGACGAUUAAAGCCUUAUUGAAGGAGACGACAAGCGGUGAGGAUAUUACCUGUAUUCACGGAAUAAGAGCCCUGGCUACGAUCGCUCUUUACGUUGCUCACCAGCUUAUAACAAUCUCCCGAAUACCGUUUAGUAACCGUACUUCUCUUACCGAGAUUGCCAACAACCCGGCCAGCUCUAUCUUGCGAGUAUCAUUGGUUUACACGGAUGCGUUUCUAUUGCUAAGCGGCAUUCUGACCGCUUACAAUAUGGCAAGGGAGCUAAAGAUUCGCGGCGAGAUUCGCUGGUUUUGCCGUUUCAUCACCAGAUUUAUCAGACUUUCACCGGCAUUGCUCGCGGUGGUGUUUUGGUACGCGUUUGUUAUGGAACACAUGGGCUCGGGUCCGCAAUGGAACAGCGUCAUCACGGCGAACGCGGAGCUUUGCAAACACAACGCCUGGACGAAUCUGUUAUACGUACAGAACUUCUUUCCAUUCGAGGAGAUGUGCGCCACGCACACGCAUCAGUUGGCCCUGGAUAUGCAGCUGUCGCUCCUGGCGCCCAUCUUAGUCUUCUUCCUGCAGUACAAGCCUCUCGUCGGUAUCCUCCUGAUAAUCUUCGUUGUUCUGUUGUCCGCCACUCUACGUUACAUAGCGACAACGAACAAUUAUCUUUCUCUCGUUAUCUUUCACGGGAUAUCGUUAAAGCGUCUGUACAAGACCGCUAAUCUCACUUAUGCGUUGCCGCUGCACAGAGCGACGCCAUACGUUUUCGGCGUAGGCCUUGGCGUGCUGUUACAUUAUACCGGCAAGAAUGUCAAAAUUCACAAGGUGUUGGUGAUCUUGGGUUGGUCGAUUGCAAUGCUUCUGGGUUCAUGGUCAUUAUUUUCACCCUGGCAUCAGGCCAGACGAGAUUACGUGUACAAUGUCGAAGAGGCCGCUCACUAUGCAGUAAUCGGGCCAGUGUUAUGGGCCGCGGCUCUAUGCUGGUCAAUAUUUGCCUGCUUCACGGAACACGGAGGCCUCGUCAAUAGUUUCCUUUCCAAUUAUUGGCUGGUGAUCUUUAGCAGAUUAUCGUAUGCCAUAUACCUAACGCAGUUUGCGGUGUUUUUCUACAAUGUCGGGACCACGAGAUUUUCCUCGGAAUUUCAACUUCACAGAGCAAUUGAUCCUCUGGAAUUAGUGAUAGUGAUAGCUGCGUCAGUCGUUCUGACGUUACUCUUUGAUCUUCCGAUGCAGGAGGUGAAGAGUGUCAUAAUGGAAAGCACAGACAUGUCGACGCUUGAAGCUUCCAAGGAAGAAAAAACGAGCGAGGAUAAAAACUUCACCGAGCUAGAAACCGCGAAAGCAACAGUCGAGCAAGGAAACGUCUUCGAGGAUGAUGAGAUUGCGUCCACCGGUUGGGAUUGGCAGAAGGAUAUAGCACGCGGUACGGCUGUGCUCGAAGAACACGACACAGAGGAAGAAACGGUAGACGUACCGAUAUUGAAGAAAGUGAACGGAAGGCGAAUGUCAUUUAUCGAUCACGAAACGCGUGAUUCCGAGGAGGUAUCGAGCAGAGAUCGAGCUAAAAUACCAGCUAGAAAACUAUCCAGAGACACGGAAGAUUACACAGAGCGUAGCAAGAAAGGCGUAAAUAGUCAGAGAUACAUGACGGAUGAUUCCGAAGAAGAAGCUAUUGAAUUUCUGAGAAGUCAGCGAGACCACGAAAUUGCUCAACGCAACAGACGUUCGCUAUCGAGAACUAAAAAUAACAAGAGACUAACAUCGAGAAAGAGCGAAAGUGAGGAAGAACGGCAAUUCGGGAGAUCCGAGUCUAGAGGAAGGACGUCAACAAAGGAAGCGGACGAUUAUCGUUCUUGGGAAUUCGUCGGAAAGGAGGAUUCCUCUGUGAAAGAGCAAUAUGAAACGAUACCGCAACAAACAAAAGCACCUUUCGCAAGAUCGGCGGAUGUUGCGAGAAGAAUGUUGUCUUCCGAGAGCCAGGAGGAGUCAUCGAUUCGAGGAGAAACGCAAUCGGAACGCGUUCCAAGUUUCGAGACGAAGACGAGCGACGAGGAAGACUGGGAACACGAGUUGAGAGUACGAAGGAAGCAGUUUAUGGAACAGUUAAUCACCCGGCAACGCGAAUCGCUGUCCGAGGAGAGGAGCGAGACCGGCGCGGAACCCUUAAAACGUAGAUCUUCCUCGGAAGGCAAGAUAGCUCUGCUGAGGGACGAUCUCUCCGGCGAGGAUAAUAUGGACUCGUGGACUGUCAGUGUUGGAGCGCAGAUUGAGCAGCUUGGAUCCUCUCAGGAACCGAGCGAGCCUGAAGACGACGGUAUUUACAUACGACGAAGGGAAUACCGCGAGCAAGGUCCACCCUCGCGAGAAGAAAGCCUGAGCAAGGAGGAAAGCAGUCAAGACACUUCGAGAAAGCAAUCGUACACCAGCGGUAGCCAGAAGACAUCCUUGGAAGAAGAAGAUGAUAUUAAUAGCUACAAUUUUGUGCUGACUAAGGGAAGCAAGAGAGAAUCCGUGCAAGAUCUGUCGAAAUUGUCGCAGGAAGAAUUGACGAGCGCCGGAUGGAACGUUGUGAAGAAAGAGGACGAUCUUUUAGUAAAGCCGACGUCGACUGGAUUAUUCAAGCGGGAAUCCAUCGUGAAGAGUCAGGCCAGCGAGGAGGAUCCCGAAUAUCUCCUGCCGGAAAGGCCCAAGCUUGUCCAGCAGGAACGGGAACAUCCUUUCAAGAAGGCCUGGCAGAUGCAAAAGUCCCGAUCGGAGGAGGAGGGCUCCUCGGCGUAUAUUAUAAAGGAUUCCAAGGAGCAGCUAUCCGAGACGAAACAGACGACAAAGGAGGCGUCGAUCAAACGCGAGCGCAGCGGCGAACAAUCCGAGGAUACCGAGUCAUUCGCCGACGAGGAAGCUGCCGUGUCGCUGCGUGGCAGGAGUACCGACACGGAGGAUAACAGAACCAGCUCGAAAUCCGGCACGGACGAGAUGGAUUCCGUCUCGACGGAAUACAGCAAAGAUCCCCGCGACGGAAAUCAUAGACAGAGCUCGAAAUCUGAGACCGAUGAAGAUUCGGGAAAAUUUAACUGGACUGGCGAGGAGGAAGAGGAGGAGGAAGACGAGAUUUACAGGACUGACUGGAAGAGAAAGUCAGAAGAAGCGGAUUGGGAUUGGGAACGGGAGGAAACCUGACGAAAAUCAUUUUAGACAAUUGCGUAUGAAAGUGAUCGUACUUCACCUUCAAGUUUGGUCGAAGGCAAAGAUGGAGAGGGAGAGCGAAAUGGUUGGAUCGUAGCAUUCGGAGCAACGGAGUGUGCAGUUUUGCGUGAGAAGAAAGUUACGAGGACGAAAAAAUCGAUCGAGAUUUAUAUAUUAUAAUCCGUAUAAGUUAAUAAAUUAUAAAGAAAAUAUUUUGCGUGGGCGCACGUAUCUCUUCUUCAUAUUGUUCUGAUAAGUAUUUUGUUUCUUAUAUACAUUGUAUGUUUGUUAUAUACGGAGCGUUUUCUGGAUAUAAAAUUAUGAGUUAUCCCUUUUUCUUCCGGUUCUAAAUCGAGCAAGUUUCAAGUCUCGUAUUUUAACUUCGCCAGAAGUUAAAAUACAAAAAAACGACUUUGUAAAAUGUCGCUUUCACGAUUAUUUCCGACGUUGCUUUUAUAUCCGGGAAAUAUUGCACUGAUUCUGUCAUCGAAAUCAUAUAAUAACGUUCGUCUUUCUGAAAAAAAUGAGAACCGUUUCUUAUACACAUAUAUAUAUAGAAAUAUAUUGACUACCUUUCCUUUUUCUCUUUUUAAUAUAAAUUUAUAACGAUCAUGUGAUAUAUGUAUAUACCGCUUCGCAAGAAUAUCUGUUCGAGGCUGAGUAUUGGCGAUUCGAACACUAUUGACUAUAAAAUAGCUUCGUCAAAAGUGAGCAUUAUAUGCGACAAUAUUAUUCUUAACUAAAAAAAAAGAUAAUAUUUUUUAUCUAUUUUUAUUACUUAGAUUUUAUCGCGUAUCAGAUAUAUGAGAGAAAGAGAGAUGAUUG